AUGUCUGAUGUGACGCCGAGUAAAAGCGUGGAAUGGCUGCAACUCGAGUUAGAGUCCGGAGGCACUUCUCUGCUCCUGCUGGACUGCCGUUCACAUGAGCUCUAUGAGUCGUCCCACAUAGAGACCGCCAUAAACCUGGCCAUCCCGGGUCUGAUGCUCCGGAGGUUCAAAAAGGGCAACAUACCCAUCCGAACUAUCAUCCCCAAUCACGAGGAUAAGGAGAAGUUCAUAAGACGGUGCAAGACGGAUACGGUGGUCCUGUAUGAUGAGAGCACCGUUAACUUACAGGACUGUGGAGCUCCAGCGUCGGUUUUGGGUCUACUUCUUCAAAAACUGUGGGAAGACGGCUGUAAAGCGUUUUACUUGGAAGGUAAACCACUUUCUUGUCGAGUUAACUCAAAGAUAUCUUAAAGUUAAUCAAUUAAAAGGUGUAAUGGGUUGAAAACAUGACCAACAGUGUGUAUGCAGUUGAGUCCCAUACGUUAGAAAACAUCUAACGGAUGUCGAAUAAAUAGACGUUAUGACUUGUGAGUAUUUAAGAUGGCUGGUUCAUUUUACCGGCUUCUUCGUGUGAAUUCAGAAAAGAUAAAUGUAUUUUUUCAAAGUAACAUUUCAAUGCAGCGAAAGUUUUCAUGAGAGACGUUUUUAACUUGGGACAGUCGACACUAAACCUGAACUCAUUCGUAACUCUAGCACUGAGUAUUAAUAAGGUUUUAUAGCUCAGUUGUAAAUGCUACUUUCACUUUAAUCUGAGCUCAACAUUGUGGGUCUGCGUUCUGUUAAACUGCUCAAAAGUUUGUGUGUCGUGUGUCACUGAGAUUCUCAAUUAAAAUUCCAAAAUGGCCGCGCCAUGUUUUGCUCCAGCAGGAACAGGCAUGCAUUUCAUGAAUGGUCUUUUUGGGGGGUAAAACUUGAGCUUCUUCAAGCUUCGUUUAAAUACCAACAAGUAGUAUUUUGACGCUAUAAAACUCAUAUUAUCUUAAACAUCUAUAUAUGUAAUUACAUAAUCUCCAGUUCACUGAUGUUCCUGUUUAUUUUUUUCUUUGGCUCUCAUCCAGGUGGAUUUGUAAAGUUCCACACAGAGUACCCAGAGCACUGUGAGACCCUCCUCGACAGCUCCUGUCCCAGCUCCUCUCCUCCGCAGUCUGUCCUGGGUAUCGGAAAUCUACGGAUCAGCUCGGAUUGUUCAGAUGGGGAGUCCGAUAGAGAGCCGAACAGUGCCACAGAGUCCGACGACAGCCCGGUCCCCAGCAACCAGCCUGCCUUCCCUGUCCAGAUCCUACCUUACCUUUACCUGGGCUGUGCCAAGGACUCCACUAACCUAGAUGUGCUGGGCCAGUACAACAUCAAGUACAUCCUAAAUGUCACACCCAACCUCCCCAACAUGUUUGAACAUGACGGCCACUUCAGGUACAAACAGAUCCCAAUAUCGGACCACUGGAGUCAGAACCUGUCCCAGUUCUUCCCAGAAGCCAUAUCAUUUAUCGGUGAGUAGGUCUUCUCCUAACUCUGUCCAACUAAAAUUCAGACACACUCACACUUAUUAGAAGUAAAAUUGGGUGUAGUUGUUUUGUUUGUAAGUUUAUAAUAACCUCAGUAAUUAUACGGUAAUGGUUAACUAAUUAUGGUGGAUAAUUAUUUAAUUACACAAACAAAACAUACUGUUGGAGGACAACACAUGCAGCAUUUUGCUAGUUUAAAUCAUGAGAAAGUAUGUUGACAAACUCAGUAUUGUUGAUUCGUUUCAGUUUUUUUUGUGUAGAAAGAAAACUCACUAAAGGGAGAGAUUUAGUGUUUUUGAUCACUUAGAUCAACAGUCAAAAUUUGGCCUCGCGUAGCUGAGCUUUAACCUCAGAAGUUGGCUUGACUGCCAAGAUCCCGAGGUUAUCUUUCUUUUAGCGUUUGGCUGUUUUUUCUGUUAUUUGCCAACAGAAAGAAAUGCAAGCAGGCGCUCCUUUACAUAACACACAGUUAAUGGAGAGCCAUUUACAGUUUCCCCUCCGGUGUUGGCAGGACUUAUUUGGGUUUUCUCUUCUGUUUGGUAAACCGAUGUGUGAGGUGUUUUGUUUUUAACACAGGUGACAGUGUUUGUAUUGUUUUCAAUCACUGUUGGUGGUAAAUAGACAAUAAAAGUCCCAACCUUGUGUAAGCUUUUUGACCAAAGUUCUUCGAAUCAAAGCGACGAGUUUCACAUCGAAUGUUAAUGUUUCAAUUUGUGUUCAUUUCUGUCUGUUGUCUGUUACCGCUGCGACUGCACCUGAAACCACAGCUUUCGCUCUGUUUGUUGGUUACGGGGCCGCAGAUCAUUAAGAACUGGUUGUCAAAUGGUUCAGAGGCAGAAUGAGGAAGGAAGUGUUGUUUCCACUCUUUGUGUCUGAUUGCAGAAAGACAAGUUAAGUAGGGUUAGGCGUGCUAUUGUUCAGACGGCAGUUGUUUCGAUACCUGUAGCCAUGUACCGUGCGCUAAAUAUGGUGUCAGAUCAGGUAUCGUAACUCUGCCACUGGGCCGUGAGUUGAGGGAAAGGCAAGAUCCUAGAAAUAUAAGUAAGUAAUUACAACGUUAGAUUGGACAAAAUGGAAGAUGACAUACAGAGUGAGUCUUACAGGAAGCUGGCUUGUGUGCAGCAAUGUGUGCAGAUGCUCUAUAUUUACAAUGAUACGUCAGUUAGCUCCUCCAAAACAUAAAUAUCAAACACUGACCUGUUUCUCUAAGCUGUCAUGUAGGUGAGGUGGUAAAACAGAGAGUAGAAGCUCUCAGUCAGCAGAGAGUAAAAAAGUUAUAGUUGCUGAACUUAAAUAGACGUCCUGGAAAAUCUUUCUGCUGACCUCAGUUCCCCUUCCUCCCACAGAUGAGGCUCGCUCGCAGCAGUGUGGCAUCCUGGUCCACUGCCUGGCCGGCAUCAGCCGCUCGGUUACCGUCACCGUGGCGUACCUGAUGCAGAGACUCAACCUCUCCCUCAAUGACGCCUAUGACUUUGUCAAGAGGAAGAAGUCCAACAUUUCCCCCAAUUUCAACUUCAUGGGCCAACUUCUGGACUUUGAGAGGACGCUGGGGCUCCACAGUCCCUGUGAUAACCGAUCCACCAGCAAGGAACAGCUCUACUUCACCACACCGACCAAUCACAACGUCUUCCAGCUGGACACGCUGGAGUCGACAUGA